AUGAAGUGCCGCUGCCGCCUCUGCGUUUUCGACGCGGCCAGGGGGCCCCGGCGGCUCAUGCAUGUGGGCCUGGCGCUGAUCCUGGUGGGCCACGUGAACCUGCUGCUGGGGGCCGUGCUGCACGGCACCGUCCUGCGGCACGUGGCUAAUCCCCGCGGCGCCGUCACCUCGGAGUACACCACCGCCAAUGUCAUCUCCGUGGGCUCCGGGCUGCUGAGCGUUUCCGUGGGACUUGUGGCCCUUUUGGCAUCCAGGAACCUUCUUCGCCCACGACUGCACUGGGCCCUGCUGGCACUAGCUCUGGUGAACCUUCUCUUGUCUGCUGCCUGCUCCCUGGGCCUCCUCCUUGCUGUGUCAUUCACUGUGGCCAACGGCGGCCGCCGUCUUAUUGCUGACUGCCAUCCAGGACUGCUGGAUCCUUUGUUACCACUGGACCAGGGGUCUGGACACACUGACUGCCCCUUUGACCCCACAAGAAUCUAUGAUACAGCCUUGGCUCUCUGGAUCCCUUCUUUGCUCACGUCUGUAGCUGAGGCUGCUCUCUCUGGUUACUGCUGUGUGGCUGCGCUCACCCUACGUGGGGUUGGGCCCUGUAGGAAGGAAGGGCUACAGGAGCAGCUGGAGGAACUGACAGAGCUUGAACUUCCUAAAUGUAAGAGGCAGGAAAAUGAGCAGCUACUGGAUCAAACUUGAGAAAUCUGGAUGUCACAGAAAAGUUGGGUUUAG